UUUGGGCCGAGACUGGCGAUUUUCGUGAUAGUCAUAGUUCAAUGACCGCUGUAGCAAAUAGUUUGGAUAGUACACAUUUAAAUAAUUUUCAAGCAUCAUCAUCGUCAGCGUUGUCGAAUCGAAAUCGGGAUCGCAAGGAUGGUAAUCGUUCCGUCAAUGAGACCACAAUCAAAACUGAAAACAUAUCAAAUUCCGGUCAUGACGAACCGAUGACAACCACAACAGAUGAGCCGAAAAACGAUAAGAAAAACAAGCGUCAACGCCGCCAACGUACACAUUUCACAUCGCAACAACUGCAGGAGCUGGAGCACACAUUUAGCCGCAAUCGCUAUCCGGAUAUGUCGACACGCGAAGAGAUUGCUAUGUGGACAAAUUUGACCGAAGCUAGAGUUAGGGUGUGGUUCAAGAACCGUCGCGCCAAGUGGCGUAAGCGCGAGCGCAAUGCGAUGAAUGCGGCUGUUGCCGCCGCCGAUUUCAAAUCAGGCUUUGGCUCACAAUUCAUGCAACCGUUUGCUGAUGACUCACUCUACUCAUCAUAUCCCUACAAUAACUGGACCAAAGUACCCUCGCCGUUGGGUACGAAACCCUUCCCGUGGCCGGUCAAUCCACUCGGCUCCAUGGUGACCACCAAUCAUCAUCAGAAUUCGGUGAAUUGCUUCAACACCGGCGCCAGCAGCGUUGCGGUCAGCAUGAAUAAUUCCAUGCUGCCGGGCACAAUGGGUUCCACGCUAACCAAUACCAAUGUCGGUGGCGCUCCAUGCCCCUACACCACGCCUGCCAAUCCGUACAUGUACCGCGCCGCCGCCGAACCGUGCAUGACGUCAAGCAUGUCAUCGAGUAUCGCCACACUACGCCUGAAGGCCAAACAGCACACCACCGGCUUUGCUAGUCCCUAUUCAGCACCAUCGCCUGUGUCGCGCUCCAAUUCGGCGGGUCUGUCGGCAUGUCAGUACACCGGCGUAACUGAUGUUGUUUGAGAAAACGCCCUCGGGGCAUUGCUUAAUCAACAUCAACAUCAUUUACAUCACUUCUCCGCUAGUAGUGGCGCCGGUGUUUCAUCUCACUCGCCAAAUAUUAACAACAAUUUACAUCAUUUACACAACAAUAAUAAUAACAACAAUAACUUGUUGAAUAACAACAACCUGCUGCUGGACCAUAAUGGUGAUCUGAGUGUGGGUGUAGGUGGUUUGGUGGGCAACCACAGUAGCCAUAGUAACAAAUCGCCGCUGGGACAUCAGCACAGUGAUAUGGGGGAUGGCAACGGUGUCAGAGGUGGCAAUGGUGGAAAUGGGGGUGGUGGUGGUGGCUCAAACGCUAUGCUAGGACAGAAUGUCAACAAUGAUGGUGGCGAAGAAGUGGAGGAGGUGAUUGACUAAAGACGGCAAAUGUGAAUUAAUUUUGUAGAGUUAAUGUAAUUCAAAACAAACAAAAAAACUAAAAAUUAAAUACUUAAGGGGAAAAAACAGUCGAAGUCUCCACAAUAUUUGAAUAUUUGGAGCUCGAGUAGUUAAGUGCAUGAAAACUAAAAAUCAAAAAAAAAAAAAUAUUUGUUAAUUGUAAAAUAUUGAUAAACUGAAGAAAAUUCAGACGCAUAGUUUUAAGUAAUUGAAUUAAUUGUAGUUAAAAUGAUGAAUAUUUGUAUUUAAA